AUGGACUCGGAAGCUUUGCUGCAGCGGGUGGACGCUCUCUUCCACGCCAGCGGCUGCGCGACCGACGCGCAGGCGCUCACGGAACUGGCAACGCAGGGCGCGGACGGGGCGGUCAAAUCUGGAGCUGUCGCUUCCUCCAUUGUCUACGGCGAGCUGCUGUCUCCCUUGAGCGUGUUUCAGCUCCUGGACCUCAACCAGGAGGACACCUUCUACGAUCUGGGAAGCGGGCGCGGGCAGGUCGUUCUCGCCGCGGCCUUCGCCGGAGUUUCCCAGCGCGCGGUGGGGGUGGAGCUGCUUGAAGCGAGGCACCAGGCGGCGCUGGGCGCGAAGGCUGUGGCCCCCGAGGAGGUGCAGAGGCAGUGCGACUUCCGCUGCCAAGAUGCGCUCACCUGCGAUUUGCAGGACGCCAGCAAGGUUUACCUCUGCAAUGCCGCCUUCCCGCGACAUUUGAACGCCUCCUUCGCGCGGUCCCUGGGCCCAUGGCGCGCGCCCAGGCUGGCGGCGCUGGCGACUUGCGCGGCGCUGCCUGAGGCGACCCGAGCUGUCGCGGACCUCGGCGUGGAGGAUCUCCUGAGCACAGACGGAAGCACGACGUCUGCCUAA